GUGUGCGUGCCUGCGCAUGUGCGUGAAGGGGGGGGGGGGGGGUUGUCCUGUUUGCCAGCCUCAGCGGUCCUGGGAGUAUCCUCAUCCUUCCUCCACGAGAACAAAUAAUGACAUCUGGAGCGGCGGAACCGAGUUUGUUUUAACACAUUCAUACUACACGUCAUCCAAGUCUUGGAUUUUUUUUUGCUGUACCUAAAAAUAAGGCAAUCAAUCAAUGCUUUCCUGCUCGUCGUCGUCGCCGGUGGAAGGAUGCGAAGAGGAGGAGAAGGAGAAAGAGAAGCAGCAGGAGAAGGACGCGCACAUGCAGACGGAGCGCAACAGACUGACAGAGCAGAGGGAUGAGGCUGAGAGACAACUCCAGCACAUCAAGAGGGUGUCUCAGAUGGUGAUCGAGGAGGUGAGCAUUCUGCAGACUCAGCUGGAGAUCGAAAAGUCGUGUCGGGAGAAUGCAGAGGCGCUCGCCACCAAGCUGAACAGCGAGAACAGGAAAUUGAAGUACCUAAGCCUGACGUCACGGGCGCCAUGUGUUGAUGAGCCACUUCCCAGUAUCUCUGACGGGGUCGCUAUGGAGACCAGCGAUGGCGAGACAGCUUACGACAUUAAUGACCCAGCGCCCGACACCUUUGAGCAAUACCGGCAGCAGGUCAAAGAGCUACGCGAGGCGGUGAGCAGCAUGUUGGAGGAGAAAAAGAAAUUCCUGUGCCAAAUUGACGACCAACGGAGAAGGAUCGAGGAGCUCAUCAACAAGUCAGCGCGAGAUGAAAAAGAUGCGAAGGACCUCCGCCACGCCGUCGAGAGGCACAGCAAAACCAUCGAGAGCUUCAAUAGAGUGUCAGCAAUGGCGACGCAGGAGUACGAGGACAUGAAGGAGCAACUGGACUUGGAGCAGAGCCUUCGCGUCAAAGCCGAAACGUACGCGCACCAGAUGCUGGUGGAGCAGAAGGAGGCCAAUCGUCAGAGCGCCCUGCUCCUGCAGAGCGCUGAGCCGACCCUGCAGCUGCUCAGCGCCUUGGAAGAGGUCGCCGCCCUCACCAAGAAGCUGGAGGAGGAGCGGCUGCAGCAUCAGCGACAGGUGAGUGAGCUGCAGGCCGAGCUGGACGACAGCAUCGCGAAGAAGAACUUGGAAAGUCUGCAUAGACAAGUGGAUCUGCUGGAGGAGGAGAAGAAAGAUGUGGAGGGACGACUUGAACAGGCGGAGAAGGAUAACCAACAGCUGCAAAUGCAAAUCCAGCUGCUUCAGAGGGUCACCAUGACUACCGACACAGCACCCCCUCCCCCGCCUCCUCUCCCUCCUGGUCCCAUGGAAUCUGAGGUGGCUCCGCCCCCCGCGCCCCUUCCUCAACCACCGCCCCCGCCACCCCCGCCGCCUCCUCCUCCACCUCCGCCUCCCCCAUCCAGAUGCAACCCUCUCAGUUCUCUAAUCGCCAUCAUGAGGAAGACGUCCAAAGGCUCCAAAACGUCUCUGAAGAUGGAGCAACCAGCAGCAUCUGAUGACGCCGUGAAGGUGAAGGCUGUCAAUGAGAUGAUGGAGCGAAUCAAACAUGGCGUGGUGCUGCGGCCCGUUAAAAGUCAGGACAGCAAGCAGAGAGUUGCUGUCAAAAUACCUCCAGCCAGCGAGGAGAAACCUCAGGAGAGCGCCAUGGAUGAACUCAAAGGCAUUCUGGAGACGGUGAAACGCAGUCCUAGCAGAGGCUCUCAGGAGGCGCCAUCGCCAACAGGGAGGAAAGACAGCGAGCUGGAAGUUAUCCUGAGAAGAAGGCGUAAUAAGGCAGGAGAGGCUGGAUCUGGAGACGAGCGUGAUGGUCACAUGAGUCACGUGUCGUCCUGCGAGAGUCUGAACGGGAGACGCACCAGCAGCGAGUCGGGAAAAGACCCGGACGGUUCUGUCACAACAUCCAACUCCACGGUGGACCCAGGGGCGGUUGGGGAGAGGCGAGGCUCCGCUCCUGGACCUGUGGUGGCGAGGAAGAGCAGCCCGGAAAAACCGGGAAACUGGCGGGAAAGACGAUCUGGCUCCUCCGUGUGGGAAAAUGAAACGGCCGACCGUCUUGUCCAAAACGGCUGCAAGCACAGUGUCACAAUGGAUGCCAACACAGCAAAAAGGCCAAUCCGGUCCAACGGUGUUGAUCUCAGUGAGAAUGCGCAGGCCACCAUCUUUGUUGUGGGUAACAUGAAUGGUGAACACGCUGAAGGCAACAACUAGGGGACACUCUCAGGAUGUUUGCCUAAUAUGCACGUUUAAAUGACAUACAAUGCACAGACGCUGAUGCUGUACCCGUUUUACAACAAAUCCAUAAGGUUAGGUUAGCUCUGGCUCAGGCUAGCAGGCUCAUAUGCUAGCAACCAACCAACCAACCAAACAACCAACCAAACAACCAAACAAACAACCAAACAAACAAACAAACAAACAAACAAACAAACAAACAAACAAACAAACAAACAAACAAACAAACAUAUAAUCCAAACACUGCUGUGCAUUUAUUCAAGAAAACCAUGUUUUUUUUUAACAAGCUAACAAUGAUAGCCUGAUUAGUCACAUUCCUUACAUGGAGAUGCACUCACUGUCACAUAAUGCACAUAUACUUCCUUUACUUUGAUUUAUUUACUAUGCUAACUACUUCCUGGUAGAUCACAACUGACAUUCGGACACACAGCUCAAAACAAAAGCACGGGGGAUAAGCUGCUAUUACUCGUGACUCUUGUCAGCACGAUAAUCGGACAUCACAUCACAACUUGAUGUCACCCCCACCUCCCCUCGCUGGCCAAUGAAAAGAAUGCUGGCUUGAAAAAAAAAGGCCUUAAAAAUAUUUGAUCUUCAUGUCUUAGAUAAAAAAAAUCAUGUGAGGCGUGUUUGGUUUGAGUGUGAUGCAGGCUGACCUUUUCUUUGUUGCACAACUGUGCACUUAGUGUUAGAUUGUGCUAAGUAAGGCCAUUUUGAAACGCUAAGAGUUAUUUGAAAAACAAGUUUAAAAUCCUAACCCUUCUUCACAAUCCUAAAUCUAGACUAGAAGCGCUUAUAUCGAUAUCUUAUCCUUGUUUAAAGCAAGGAUUGAAUCGCUACUCCUUGUUUUAAAACUCUAACCUCUGUUUGGAACCCUAAUGUGUAACCGUAAUUGCAAAAAAGUGAUGUCUUAAAUCUUGCCACAAUGUCUGCAUUCCCUCCCUUUGAUUUUGUCAUAUAUGGAGUAACUAAAAUCACUCAGCAAAUUGUUUUAGUGAUUAUAAAUUGAUUUGUCUGGUUGGACCUGCCGAGAGCCUCCUAUGCAUAUCGGGGCCUCCUGCAGGCCUCCCACACGUGGCUUCUCCUGCCAUUGCAAUUUUCUAAUAAUUACACUUUAUUUUGGGUUACUCUUGAUGUCAUGUUUGUGUGUGUGUGCGUGUGUUUGGGAUAAUACAUCAAUAUAUGAAGUGUUGAAUUUUUCUUUUUAAAAUAUGCAUUUUCAUGUAAACCAUUACUUGAAAUAAAUUGCAAUGCAAGCUACAA